AUGGAGCUGGUGGAGGCUGUCUCCGAGGCGCCCAUGGAGGUGUUCAAAGCGUACGCACCAACAGAGACUCCACCAUGUAGCUUGUCGCGACCCGUGUUGUACAGAGACACGAUAGCUGGAUCGUGUGAUACGCGAUCUGCCGCGGUAGAAGAGACCCCUCCUGAUGACGAGGCCUUAUCCGAUGGGGAGGAGGAUGAAGCGGAUGACGAUCCAUUGUGCCCAGUCAUCAGGCUGACCAACAAGGAGAAGGAGGAGCUCCGAAGGCCUUGGCGGCAGGCACUGAUCGUCAAGGUCUGGGGUAAGCAGGUAGGAUAUUCGUAUCUCCAUCGCCGGCUGAGUGCACUGUGGAGGCCGAAGGGUACAAUGGAUCUGGUGGCUUUGGAUAAUGAAUACUACUUGGUUAAGUUCAGUUCGGUGGAUGAUCUGGACUAUGCAAAGUACGAGGGCCCCUGGAUAAUCCUCAAUCACUACCUAAUCGUGAAGGAGUGGACGCCGGAUUUUGACCCAAUGACGGACAAGAUGGAGAAGGUUUUGGUAUGGAUUCGAUUCUCGUGUUUACCUAUAGAAUACUAUAAUCCAAAAUUUUUGCAAAGGAUCGGGAAGAAAGUCGAACGGCCCAUACGAGUGGAUCACGCAACGGGACUGGCGUUGCAGGGGAAGUUUGCACGGAUGUGCGUGGAAAUCGAUCUGUUCAGGCUGCGGAAGCGGAUGCGAUUUAUUGCAUAUGAAGGGAUCCAUCUAGUAUGCUUUAAUUGCGGGAUGUAUGACCACAAUCACGAAACUUGCCUGAAGGAGAACACGAUGGUUUUCAGCAGCGACGCUCAGUGGCAUGUAUGCCACAAUCACGAAACUUGCCUGAAGGAGAACACGAUGGUUUUCAGCAGCGACGCUCAGUGGCAGAAGGGGAAGGCGGAUGAGGCAGAUGGCAGCAAGCUGACAACAGGGGCAAGUGGCACGAUGACUGCUAAACCGAGGAUGGCAGAGGACAAGGCACCAUUUGGAUCGUGGAUGCUGGUAACCUGGGAGACGAAACGACCAGGAGCACGUGCUGGACAGAAUGGAAGCAGACGCACUGCCGGGGACCAAUCGAGGCAGACGCAAUCUCGAUUUCUGCCCCUGGAGGUAGUGAUCGCUGAAGACGCUGACCCAAAUGCAGCUCCAGGAGCAUGGUGCCGGGGGAAGGGGAUUCCAUGCAUUUUUAAGAAUCUAAUUAAAACUUACAGGCCGGACGUGUUAGGAUUGGUGGAGCCGAAACUCUCCGGAUACCAAGUUAGCGCCAUCUGUUCUAAGAUGGGUUACGAGGAUUGGGUUCGAGUGGAAGUCGUGGGCUUUAGCGGAGGAAUAUGGGUUUUGUGGAAUAAACCAAUCGAAAUUUCUGUUUUGUAUACUCCCCCUCAAUUUAUCCUAAUACAAGUCAAUGAAGACGGGGCUACACCGUGGAACCUUGCGGUUGUGUAUGCUAGCCCGGCACAUCACUUGCGAAAGCGACUUUGGAACGAGCUACAGGCCCAAAAAAGGGAAAUCACAGGCCCAUGGAUGGCAAUGGGGGAUUUCAAUGCGGUAGUUUGCAAAGAUGAAACCUUCAACUAUAUGGCGUACUCCCAACAACGAAGCAUGGACUUUGUGGACUGGAUUCACAUGGAAGGGUUGGUAGAUUUAGGUUUCAGUGGACCUCGGUUUACCUGGAUGCGAGGAGUUGAGGGGACAGCUACAAAAGGAGCGCGAUUGGAUAGAGCGUUGUGUGAUGUGGGAUGGAGGGACGUUUUUGGCAGCAUUGAGGUUAGAAAAAUUAAUCUGCUUGCACGCAUAGGAGGAGUUCAACAAAGACUGGCUAACGCCUAUCAUGGUGGACUUUCAAAAUUGGAGAAAGUUGGAAAACGUGUUGUACGAGGAAGAAUUGCAAUAGACGCUGCCGGGAAUUGGAUUACGGAGCUCAUUGAGCUGCAGCGGCACGUGACUGAUUUCUAUGUGAAUUUGUUUAAGGAUGAAGAGGGAGUGAAUGUCACAAAAGCCGCGACGGAUUUGUUUCCAAUGCUUGGAUGUUUAGAUUGGCGGUGGUUUAAUAGAGAUGUGACCAAAGAGGAAAUUCGUAAGGUUGUUAUUGAUAUGAGCCCAUUGAAAGCACCAAGACCGGAUGGCUUCCAUGCGGCUUUUUAUCAACGCUCAUGGGAGGUAGUGGGAGACGGCGUUUAUGAAUUGGUGAAGACUGCUUUCGAUACGGGGUGCCUCCCGGAAGGAAUUAACGACACCCUGCUAGUUCUUAUCCUGAAGGUUGCGAUGCCAGAAAAUAUUAAGCAAUUUAGGCCUAUAAGCCUAUGUAAUGUGUCUUACAAAAUCAUUACAAAGACAAUCACGAACAGAUUCAAGACGAUUCUGCCCAAGCUUAUUGGCCCGUACCAAAGCUCGUUCGUCCUUGGGAGGCAGAUUUCGGAAAACAUUAUUAUUUACCAGGAAGUCAUGCAUACUAUGCGCACUAGACAAGGGAACAAGGGGUUAAUGGCUAUUAAAAUUGACUUAGAAAAGGCCUAUGAUCGCCUUUCUUGGGACUUUAUUAAUAACUCUAUUUUGGAUGCAGGCUUCAGCGAUGGAUGGGUGUGGAUUAUUAUGCAAUGCGUGAGUACAGCGAACAUGCAGAUUAUUUGGAAUGGGACACGUAUGGAACGUUUCAAACCAGGAAGGGGAAUUCGUCAAAGUGACGCCAUGUCACCAGCUUUAUUUGUUCUUUGCCCGGAACGGCUCAGCCAAAGUAUUUCGCUGGAGGUGGAAAGAGGCACGUGGAAGGGUAUUCGUCUGUCCACUGGCGGGCCGACGCUGUCCCACAUGUGCUUCGCGGAUGAUAUGGUCAUCUUUUCGGAGGCUUCGCUUGAGCAGGUUGCCGUCAUUAAGCAGUGCUUGGACCGUUAUUGUGAAGCCUCGGGGCAGAAGAUUAGCCUCGGCAAAUCACAGGUGUUCUUUUCCAGAAACACAGGGCCAGUGUUACAGGACACAAUCGCCACCGAGCUUGGCAUCCCACCCACCGCCGACCUAGGUAGAUACUUGGGGGUCCCGUCUUUGCAUGGAAGAACCACGUGCGCCACUCUCGCGGGCCUGCUCGACCGAGUGGCGACUAUACUAGAUGGCUGGAGAAGCAAAGUGCUGACGUUUGCGGGACGAGUUACGCUAGCCAAAUCCGUACUCAAUGCCAUACCAACGUACACAAUGCAAACCGCCAUUUUGCCUAAGGGAGUGUGCACCAAAUUGGAGACUAUAACGAGACGCUUUAUAUGGGGUGGUGAUAGUGAGACGAGACGGACAAGUCUGGUAAAUUGGGAAACUGUGAAAAAGCGAAAGGGCGACGGUGGCUUGGGAAUAAGAAGCCUUCAGGAUGUUAAUAUGGCGUUUGUGGCUAAACUGUGCUGGCGGAUGCGAGUUGAGCACGAUAGCAUGUGGACGCGAGUUCUGUCCACCAAAUACGACACUGUUGGGGGCCGGAGACAGACGGAGGUGUACAGUACAGCGUCGAAUGCUUGGCAGGGAAUUCAGGGCGUGACACCUGCUCUGGAACGAGGACUGACUCGGAUUGUCCGCAAUGGUAGAACAACAAGGUUUUGGAUGGACAUUUGGACACAUAACCAACGCCUUUUACGACUGGAUGCGUCGGCCAGUAUACCGGAGACUCUGGAUCACAUGUUUAGACGAUGCCCAGAGGUGGCGGGUUUCUGGGAGUUGCUACUUCCCCACAAUACAGCGAUGCAGUUGAUGGAAUUGGGGUGGGAUGAGUGGUUGUCCACGAAUCUGGGGGCACAUAAGCGUAAUGAUUUGGGGGAAGACUGGCCGGUGACUUUAGGAAUAAGCAUGUGGUGGAACUGGCGGUGGCGCAACGACAGAGUCUUCGCCGGAAGGAGAUUGAGCCUUUAG